AGCGGAAAGAUUCAUUCGACGAAGAAGAAGACGUUGCGUUCUGCACUCUGCUGCCUAGCAACAACAAUUGGCGAUCCAGCCAGUUUCUCCUUCUGUGCGACGUAGUUAGCUGGUAACAGAUAGCGAAGCCUCUUCAUCCCGUUAAUGUCUUAAUGUCGUUCCUUUAUCAACGUUAACUGAACUUUAUCCUCCCUUUUAAAGAGGGGAACAUUCAGGUCGGGUCUUCAUUAAGUGAAUAUCAUCAACGGGAGGAGCAGGAGGGGAUUUGAAUGAUUUUCUGUGGGUAGCCUCGGCUAAGGAACCUUAGCACUAAAGCGUUUCAACAGAGAGAGCCAAGGGGAGCUGCAGACACCGGGAUGAGACUGUCGGUUAGCUGGCUGCUUAGCUUAUCUAAUGUUGGCGGACACUGGAUGAGCUGAAACGUGAUCAAACAGUCAGUAUUUCGGGCUCCAGCAGCUGCUUCCUGAAGUCUCUGCUUCCAGCUGUUCAACAGGGCCACCGUAUAAGUCAGACUGAGGCGGUUGCACACAUGUGCACUAAGUGAUUGGGGAGUUCUGUGCCUUGCUCAGGGGCCUACUGGCAGUGCCCGGGGAGGGAACUGGCAGCUCUCCAACUACCAGACAGCUCUAGAGACUCGGUCUGUAGUGACUCCCGGUUAUUCAGGCAGUGUAUGUGUUCCUGUCACAUCGUUAAAAUAACCCAGGCAGACUGAGGACACCAACCGGACGUUGCCGCCAUGUUGGAGGAAGACAUGGAAGUGGCCAUCAAGGUGGUCGUGGUCGGCAAUGGAGCCGUCGGCAAGUCCAGCAUGAUCCAGCGCUACUGCAAGGGAAUCUUCACUAAGGACUACAAGAAGACCAUCGGGGUGGAUUUUCUGGAAAGGCAGAUAUUAGUGAAUGAUGAAGAGGUUCGACUAAUGCUGUGGGACACCGCUGGGCAGGAGGAAUUUGACGCUAUCACCAAGGCCUACUAUCGUGGUGCUCAGGCAUGUGUUCUAGUCUUCUCCACCACAGACAGGGAUUCAUAUCAGGCUAUUGACAGCUGGAGGGAGAAGGUGGAGGCAGAGGUUGGAGAUAUUCCUACAGUUCUAGUGCAGAACAAAAUUGACCUCCUCGAGGAAACGGUCAUAAAAAACGAGGAGGCAGAAGGUUUGGCAAAAAGGCUGAAGUUGAGAUUUUAUCGAGCGUCAGUGAAAGAGGACCUCAACGUCAAUGAAGUGUUUAAGUACUUAGCUGAGAAGUACUUACAGCGGCUCAAACAGCAAACAGCAGAGGAGACAGAGGUGGUCCAUUCAACAAGCAAUAAAAUAGGUGUUUUUAAUACAACGAGUGGUAACGUCUGUAGCCAGAACUCCAGCAACGGCAGAGAAAUCAUCACCCUGCGCCCGAACAAGCAGCGGACCAAGAAGAGUAAAAAUCCCUUUGGAAGCUGCAGCCUCCUCUAGAUAAGACUGGGCUCAUUUUCAGUGACUGAAUGUUGUCUCUGAGAUUGGACUGGUCUUUGUUAUACUGGCCACAUUGAGAGACCAAAGCCCACACAGACUGGGAAACACUAAUUGCUACCUAAACUAGAGCUUAAUCUGAAACCAUUUCCCACUAUUGAUGGUUGAUCAUUCAGCGCACACAAAAAGCACGUUUGUUCACUCUUUGGUCCUCCUUGUGGUUGUUCAAGGUAACAGCAACAGCUGCUGAUAAAAUACAUUUCAGUCAUGCAAUAUGUUUGCAUGCUGAAGACACACAGAUCAUUUUGUACCAUAUUUGUCAAGCUGUCAUGAGAAUAUGGUUCAAAGUCUACCGUGUCCUGUUGGCAAAUCAAACCCUCUCGAAUUCAGAGUCUACUCUGUGCAAAAGUAUUUUUGUACGAAUCCCAGCAGUGUUGAGUGAUUAUUUUCUCUGAGGUGUUGACAUAGUGCCAAAUCUGCUCUUCCUGAGCUGUAAUUGAAUAUUAAUACUGCAGUGAUAUGGAUGUAACAUGAAAUGAAUAGAAUGUGUUCCUUAUGUAUAACCAAAUAUCAAUAACUAUCAACACUUAAUAGUCUUCUAUAUGUCUGCUUGCAGUCCACUCAUUAACACAUUUGUUAACCAACUCAAAGAUUUUGCAAGGUUUUGGACUUUUUUGAUGCAAACAUGGUUUGAAUUUCACAUAACUCUUUCAGUCAUAGCAUCUCAAGUCACAAUCAGUUAAAGCACUAUGUUUUUGAUUGUUUACAUUUGACAUUUCACUGUGCUCGUCUUUUUAACUUUAGUUCAGCUCCCAGUGACAUCAGUUAGCCUCUAGAGUUUCAGUACACAAUCAUUCGUAUUGCAUUGUAUUUCUAAUAUUUCAACACUAAACUUUUAUUUGGUGCGUCUUCUAUAGUAUCUAAUCCAUCUAUUCAAAGUGAAAGUAUGACAAUUUAUAAACCACAGUCUUUUUGUUUUUGAUGGAGAAAAGAAGAAAUGGUACAGACAGUGAAAUGACUGAUGCAUUGCUUGUCAGUGUCUCUCUCUGUGGUUCUGACUCCUGAGCACAAAGUAAACGACCAGACUUGAUAUUUCACUGGUGUGAGCCUGAAUAUGCAAGAAAACUAAGGUUCUUCUCACUACUCAAGGAUACUCAUGUCACUAAUGCUCAGUCCUCAAAGCAGCUAGCUGUGAACUGUAUGUUACUGCCUGAUCAUCAAACUGCAUCAAACCUUUUUCUUUGUUUUGAAACUUAUCUGAAAGACAACUCUUCACCAAGCACAAAGAGACAUGUAGUGACGUGAAAGUCUCACAUUAGAUCUGACAUUCUUAACAUUUUCUUACGAAUCAAAGUAUUUUACUUGGAAUAAGAGUACUUAAAUCAUCAUGGAGAAAUGUGCAUGAGUUUUGUAACCAGCUCAGAUUUCUUUUUAAAGCUUUAAAUGAUCUUUGUUCAAGAAGUCGACUUGACUGGAAUGAAAAUCUGCAGAUGUUUUGAAAUUGUGUUCCAGUUGAACUAUUGGUACUAAGAUUGUGUCACAUUUCAAGCUUUGUCAUUUGGCUCUAUGUAACAGUGCUGUUUUAAAAAAAAAAAAGAUAAAAAAUAAUGUCACAUAACUGUAAUGCAUGCAAGCCUUCUUACACUUCAGUGAAUGUCAUACAACGGUUACAAUGCCACAAUGCCUUGUCCAUGUUUACACCCCUGAUCUCCAUUAAGCAUUUAAUGCCUUCUAUUGUUUUGUUUUUUUUAAUUACUUGCACAUUAAAUAUGUAAAUAGUAACUCCUCAAUCUUUCUUUGAUGCUUACUUUUAUUUUACUUUGCCUUUUUGCUUUUUGACUGAAUCCAUUUAAGCGCACUUUAUCAUCACAAUGGUAUAUAGUCUUAAAGAACCAGAAGUCCACACUCACCAUAACUCAUGUGCUCUCACUCAGGUGUUGUAAUAAUCUGUCUUGAUGUCUAACUGAUUUCAUAAACCAAUAUCAAACAUUUUAAUAGAAAUAAUCAACAUGUGAAUGCUUUCAGUGUGACAAAAACAACAAUCAUUGUUGGAUUUUUUUUUCUAACAGUUCAAAAUGUGUAACAAUUUGAGGUGUGCCACACAGUCGUACAUCUUAUGUUAUGUUUUGGGGAAACUGAUGGGACUAUUACAGAAAUAAAACUUCAUUUUUCUUGUG